AUGUCUAAAAUUACAAAGAAGAUAAUAAACAGUCCGGAAUCCUGCGUGGACGACAACCUUCGUGGUGUGGUGGCUCUUUACCCUAGUUUGAAGCUGCACCCCAAGCACAGAACGAUUACGAUACGGCAGGAUGCUGAUAGUAAAAGAGUAGCCGUACUCGGUGGUGGUGGGUCAGGCCAUGAACCUUUUGCAGCAGGAUUGAUUGGCGCCGGAAUGCUAGAUGGCGCUGUCGCUGGGGGGGUAUUUGCAUCUCCUCCCACGGGACACGUUCUGUAUGGCAUUAAACAUUUGUAUAAAAAUAAUUCAGGUGGUGUGUUGGUACUCCUUGGCAACUAUACAGGCGAUAGAUUAAAUUUUGGGAAAGCUAUUGAAAAGGCGAAAAUAGCAGGAAUUAAGGUAGAGGGUAUGAUUGUAGGAGAGGAUGUUGCAUCGAGUCAAAACAAGACUGGGGGACGGAGCAUGUGCGGAGAAGUAUUUUUCUAUAAGCUAUGCGGAGGUCUGUCAAUGAAAGGUUACGAUUUGCAAGCAAUCAGAGAGAUGGCCGUCGAAGCUAAUAAGAACAUGGCAACAUUAGGAGUAUGUUUAACUGCUUGCUCCUUGCCAGGUCAGCCGCCGCUCUUUGAAAUAGCAUCUGACGAGAUGGAAAUAGGCGCAGGAGUGCACGGAGAAGCCGGGAUAGAAAAAAGAAAAAUCGGAACUGCUAAGGAAAUCGUCGCUUUGAUUCUUGAUCAGGUAACAGCACAUUUGAAACUAAAAGCCGGCGCAAGAGUAGCAGUUAUGGUCAACAAUAUGGGAGGCACUUCUAUCAUGGAAAUGAACAUUAUUGCUGCCGAGACAAAGGACUACUUAGAUAAAAAUAGGAUACGAGCGGAACGAAUAUUCUGCGGGCAUUUAAAGACCUCUUUAGAAAUGCAAGGAUUCCAAAUCUGCCUCUUGCAUUUGAAUGACGUCCAUGGAAAACUCUGGUUGGAGUUACUAGAUCUUCCAACAGACGCAUUGGGUUGGACUGGAGGUAUUAUGACGAUUAGACCAGAGAAGGAAGGUGAACACUCUGAUGACGUGGAUUUGCAGACAGAUGGAUUAAAGAUGGAUUUCGGUCAUCCCCUUAGCAAAAUAGAGCAAAAUAUUACACGCAAGAGUCUGCAAGCUGCGGCAGACGAGUUAGUGAAGAAUGAGGAUCUGCUUAACAAGUUGGAUUCAGGCUGCGGUGACGGAGAUUGUGGUAUUACACUGAAGAAAUUUGCAGAAGCUGUGAAGUCAUAUCUGAGAACGGCAUCCUUAGAACACGCCUCCAAAAUCCUUUGGGACCUCUCAGAAAUAGCUGAAACGGAUAUGGGGGGAACUUCGGGGGGUAUUUACAGUUUGGGACUCGCUGCGGCUUCACAGGCCCUUGCUAGUGAAGAGACAAACGAUAGAAACGCGUGGUUGACAGCAUGGAAGAAUGCAAUGCAAGCUAUUUCCAAAUAUGGAGGAGCAGAGUCGGGGGAUAGGACAAUGUUGGAUACACUACAUAUAGCUGCACAAACGUUCAAUCAGACUAUUAAUUCAGAUUUUAAAGAAAUGCUUUUCAAGAUAAUAGAAGCUUCGGAAAAUGGCGCCAAGAGUACAGCAAACAUGGUUGCGAGGGCGGGUCGCGCUUCGUAUGUAGCGAGCGGGUACGUACGCGACGAAGAUGCAGGCGCACGCGCAGCGGCCAUUUGGAUUAAGGCUGUACUCAACACAAUCGCUAAUAAUGUUUGA